AUGCUUCGGUUAGCUUUAACCUCAUUGCUUUUCUUCUCAGCUGUGUCGGCUAGGCGAGCCGUCAAUGGAACACGAUGUUUGAAAAACCAGGUAAUCUCCCGUCUGACUGUGUUCGAAGAUGGAGUCCUGGAAGCAGAAUGUGGCCCAGUUCCAUGUGGAGAAGUUGGACGGCGAUGUAUAGAGGAUCAGACGAGCUGUCGCGCUGAUACAGAUGUUUUCUCCGGGAUGCGAUGGGCUCCUAAUGGGCAGAGCGUUUUGUUGCGUUGUUGCACGAUCAAGGUCCCGAACAAGAUCUACGUUGGAACCGAUUUGGUCACCGCCGGAUCGUACUAUGAAGGAGGACCGAUCGCUAAAAAAGACAUGUACUACCCAAAAGGACGAGAAUACGACUUCAUUGCUAACGUACGAACAGAACAAGGAGGUGUUCGUGUGUGGGUGUACCGAGUAGCAUGCAGUGACGACGAUCGUCGAGUCGACUUUGAGCCCGCUGCAGCUCAGGCACCAGUUGUUCCUCCUGUUCCUCCUGUUCCUCCACGCCCGGUUGUUCCUCAGGAGGAAGUUGUGGAGCAACCGAAACAGAAGGUUGCUGAGGAGACUGACGAGGGAAACGAAGAAGAAACAGAGGAAGGGGAAGGUGAAGAUGAGGAGGGAGAGGAGGAGGAAGAGGAAGAAACCACAGAAGCUACACAACCACCACAAGAAUUCAACCCUCUUCGCUACAGACCUCCUCAAAUGCAACGAUCCUCCACAGGUGUUAGACGUGCCUAA